UUAGCCUUAUAUUAGAACCCAAAAUAGUCUCAAGUGAUGGGUUUCAAAAAUAGUUUGCAGUCUGAGAAACAAAAACCACGUCCACAAAAACAGAGUAUUGCCCCCCAUUGGUUUCGCUCUUUCACAAGACAAAAUCAGAAGCAACGCAAAUCCACAAAUCGAAUCUUGUCUGCUCCUUUUGCUUCAUUCCAAUUCCUGCAAUACCCUCCCUCGUCGUCCUGGACUUGGACGGGGGUUGGUUUCUUCUUUUGCCGGAAUGCCGACAAUGACUUAUGUGGCUCCCUUUCAACUCUUGGAGCUCAACAUCAUCUCUGCCCAAGACCUUGCUCCUGUCUCCCGCAACAUGAAGACCUACGCUGUCGCCUGGGUCCGCCCAGACCGGAAGCUCUCUACCAGGGUUGAUUCCGCCGGACGCAAAAACCCCACUUGGAAUGACAAGUUUGUCUUUCGUGUGGACGACGAAUUUCUUUGCUCCGACACAUCUGCGGUUAUGAUCGAAAUCUACGCUGUCCAUUGGUUCCGUAAUGUUCAUGUGGGGACUGUUCGUGUCAUCGUCGGUAACCUAUUUCCACCUCCAACAAGGCCGACCCACCGUCGCCGCCACCACCCGCAAGUGGGCAUGCGAUUCGAGGCGCUACAGGUGCGCCGCCCCUCGGGACGGCCACAGGGGAUUCUUAACAUUGGUGUUGCUCUCCUUGACAGUUCGAGGCGGAGCAUGCCUUUGUACACCCAAUUGGAUGCCUCGGCAGUCGAUUACCGACAUUUGAUGGGCGAGGAUGAUCCGGUCCAUUCUCAUCAGCAUGGGACUCAAAACAAUGCAAGCCAAACCAGUCACGAUCAAAACAAUGCGCAUCAGAAUAUGCUAUGGUCGUUGAUUUCUAAACCAGAACUCAGGCGCACCAAAAGUGACACAAGUUCCAUGAUGGAUUCCUCGGUUGUCGUCACAAUACAAGCAAAAGCGAUUGCGAACAAGGGGAAGGCGAGUUCGAUGGUUAGCGGAUCAGAACCCGAGUUUGAUAUGAAACAGAGGAAAUCGAAGAAGGGGAAGGCGAGUUCGAUGGUUAGCGGAUCAGAAACCGAGUUGGAUAUGAAACAAAGAAAAACCAAGAAGGGGAAUUCGAAAUCAAGUUCCGUUAUCAGUGUCUCUGAUGGAGGUAAAAAGGCCAAAAUGGGUAAGCCCGAUUCGGUUCUCAAGGCCUUGCAGCCUGCGGCGACCCCGAUUAAGAGACAAAAGAGCGUCAGAAUCGCCGACUCAGAGCCAUACCCGAGCGUGAACGGCUCACAUCCAACGGACCCGGUUCAGAAGUUUUCAAGUGGAAAUCCAAUUCCAAAGCCUCCCGGAUUUGCGGUGAAAAUGUCUCCGAAAAUUAACAGGUUGAAUUCUCGAUCUCCUCAUAAACCAUUUCCUAAAAUCCAAGAUCCGGAACACGAGCUCACGAAGAAAAGAAUCAUGGGUCGGCCGUUUUUGACCGAAUCGGAAUUGGGUCCAUCACCUUCGGAGGUGGCGUCAGCACUGGCGAAAGAUCAGCAAAACCGAAUAGAUAGAGUGGAAAGCUCUCUGCUGAGUGAAUCAGAAUUGGAAAGCAGUGUGGAGGGCCUCCAAUCAAAGUUGGAGCGAUGGAGGGCCGAGCUUCCACCCGUAUACGACACCGGUGAGCUCUCUAGCGUCCCUGCCAGCACUCGUACUAGUCACGGCAAGCAUAACAGGAGGCGCACUGUUGACGGAGGAUUGUUUUCAUGCUUCAGUAACAUUUGUGGAAUUGAAUGCUCCAUCGUGUGCGGGUCGGGUGGGUCCGGUUCCACGAAAAAGAAGAGUGGACGGUUGCGCCGGAGCGCCUCAGUUGAGGAUGUGAGCUUCGUCUGAAAUGAUUCAAUCCCCAUUUUACUUCUUGGGUCGGGUAACUGAAAUUGGUCCAUGGCCCGGUUGUGACAAGUAAGGGAGUUCAAGGAAGUUAACUGACUGAUUUUGUUAGAAUGCGCCGGGUGCAAUUAGAUAAGAGGUUUGUGAAUGGAUUGAGGUUUGGAUUUAGAGGCCAAGUGCGCAUGAUAACAGCUUACGCACAAGGCGUGAAGAGUAGCGAAUCCUAAUCGGUUGAGCCAUUCUACCGUUCUCUUUUUCUCCCUUUUUUUUUUGCUUCUGUCCCACUUUUGUAAAAUUAUUUUUUGCCAAAAAAAAUAGCAAUUCUGCAUAUAUAACAACACCCAUCUGCCAGUAGGCCAAGGGGUUUCUCUCGUAUAAA